AUGGGCGCGUCCGGCGUCUCGGACGAGUACACGCCGCCGCGUCUCUCGCGGCUCCUGCACGCGUUGCCCCACAUCAACGUGACGCUGCAUCGCGUCAACGACACCUUCGCGCCAGACUCGCCCAUCUAUCUAGAGAGUUUGGGUAUUCUCGCAUCGAUUCCCGGUGCGUGGUUGAUCCUGACGUUAUUGGUGCUGCUCAUAUACCUUCUGACGAGAUGCUGCGACAGAAAACCAAGAGCACCCAGGAGUAUUACAGCGCUGAAGAUAACCCUGAUGAUCCUAUCUGUGCUGUGUUGUGGUGCUAUUGGCGUGGGCCUGUUCGGCAACGACGACCUUCACAACGCUAUGCUGCAGAGUAUACAGGCGGGUAACCAGCUCGCCGCGCUAGUCAACACUGUCAAAAACCAGUCGAACAUCUUAGAAGAAGCUAUGGGUUCACGUGCUCGAGCUCCAUUAGCGCGAUUAGCGGAUGCGCUAGACGCGCCUAUAGCGAAUCAAACUGCACUAGGCACGCUCCUUCGAGCUCUUUCCGCUUUAAGAAACAAUGCAAGUGCAGCUGCCUCUGCGGCUGAUAAUCUUAGAAGGCCGCUGGCAACGCUCAAUUUGGACGCUUUUAUGAAAGUAUGUUUAUGCAUUAAUAAUUCUCCAUAUUUCUAA